CGGAGCUGAAGAUCUGCGACAGUGCAGCUAUCCUUCCACAAAGCUGUAUAAACACCAGUGUUUUCUAUCUAGUUGAGUGGUCGAAGGCUUUUCCAAGGACUUGAACAAGACAGUGGACACAGUCGAGCAAAAUAAAACUUAAGAACCAUUUGACAUUUGGACGAUUCAAGAUUUUUCUGGAGGUCAGGGACCAUGGCUACAGCACGAAGCACAAGAUAUUCUCUGUACUGGGAUGAGACUGAGUGCCUGAGCUACUAUGAAAUGUUGUCCCUCCACGAGAUCUUUGAGAUUGUGGGCUCCCAACUUACAGAGGCCGAUGUCGAGGUUUUGGCAUUUCUCCUCUAUGAAACCUAUCCUGGGAAACAUCCACUUGAUCCAGAGGGAUGGACUGAAGUGUUACCACCAGGGCCUGAUGGAGCUCCCCAGUCUAAUUCUCCAUGCCCCCAGCUUUUGAAGACAUGGCGAAAGAUACAGCCACUGAAUGAGCCGUGCCCCAUCGCCUGUCGCCACCGACCCAAGAGUGGUGUGGAACUGCUGUUAGAGUUGGAAAGACGAGGGUACUUGAAUGAGGGAAACCUCAAACCUUUAUUGCAGUUGCUACGAAUUCUGACUCGACAUGAUGUCUUGCCCUUUGUCUCAUAUAAGAAAAGAAGAACUGUGUCCCCAGAGCGAGAGACAAAUGACUACCCAGAAGUGGGUACCACAGGGGACAGACAGAUCAGCUCAAACACAGAUAUACCAUCCUUGGAAAACGCACAAGACCAACAGUGGAGAACAGGUGCUGGCUCUUCUGUGACAAUGACCAACCCUGCCCGACGGAAGCGGGGUAGAGGUCGCUCGAGCAGAAAAUCUAGGGGCAAGCCUGAAAUCAAACCUCAGCCAACACCUAAUAAAGUGACUUGCGAUAUUCGGCUACGUGUGCGUGCGGAGUACUCUGAACAUGAGUCGGCUCUACGUGGAGGAGUUUCGUCAGACAAGCAGCAGCCAUUGGAGAGGCAGUUUGAACUGUUCAGCCGAGCAAGUUCACUGCUUCGCACCCGGGACUUGGGGUCUAUUGUCUGUGAUAUCAAGUUCUCUGAACUUGCCAACCUGGAUUCAUUCUGGGCAGAUUACCUGAGUGGGGCACUACUCGAGGCUCUGAAAGGGGUUUUCAUCACAGACUCGUUAAAGAGAGCUGCGGGACAGGAGGGGGUCAGACUGCUUGUCAGUGUGGAUCAGGAUGACUAUGAGGAGGGCAGGAAACUGUUGCUCAGCAGCCAGGCACACAAUGCAACAAAUUGGGGAACAUUUAUGCCUUGAAUAAUGGCAGAAUCACUCAGUUGGAUGAAGAAAUUGUGUUUUGCCUGUUUAUUUAUUUGCUGAUGGAGCAUUGGUGACCCUUCUUGGAUGGAGCAUAUUGGAGGGCCUCUUUGUUGGACGCUGAUUUAUUAUAAUUUUUUUCUAAAAGAUUAUUAUUCGUAAGCAUUUAGGAUCUAACGUGGGGUUGUUUCAUGUAGGCUACUGCAGGUCAGAUUAAAUGUGGACAAACGCACUACUACACCCGUAUACGCAGAUCCUCACUCCAGGAUGUUCUAUGAAUGCCACUUUCUGUGCUACAGGUGGUACGUGGAUGUGAAGUUAAGGGUUUCCAUAACGUUAUGACAUUUUUUAACUUAACCCUAGUAAUUAAAGAAAUACACUACCGGUCAAAAGUUUUGAAACACUUACUCAUUCUUAAUUAUAUAUACAGUAUAUAUAUUUUUCACAUUUUAGAAUAAUAGUAAAGUCAUCAAAACUAUGGAAUAACAUAAAUGGAACUAUGAGAAUUAUGUUGUGAUCAAACAAAAUUUAAAAUAAAUCAAAACUGUGUUAUAUUUUAUCAUCUUGAAAGUAGUCACCCUUUGCCUAGAAUUUGCAGACAUGCACUCUUGAUAUUUUCUCCACCAACUUCUUGAGGAAUCAUCCUGGGAUGCUUUAAACAGCAUUGAAGGAGUUUGCAUCUAUGUUGGGCACUUAUUGACUACUUUUCUUUAUUUGGUCCAAGUCAUCAAGUUCAAAAACCUGUUUUUAAAUAAAAUUUUAGUUUUAUAAUUAAAUUAAUAUGGUGGCACAAUUAUAUUUUUGUCUACAAAACAAUUUUCAAACAUUUAAGCAAACGGCUUCAGAUCAAAAGAUUUUUAAGAUCAUGAGAAUCAUUUCAGUCAAGUGUUUCAAAACUUUUGACCGGUAAUGUAUGUUAAGCUUGGAAUGGUAAAUGUAAAACACCCUUAAUUGAUAAAAAUCACCCAACAAUUAACUGAUACCCCAUUGAAAUGUACAAGCCCCAUUUCCAUUAUAGUUUAUUUAAAAAAAAUAGAUAGAAGCAAUUAUAAUAGGAUGUUGGAUUUUCCCUUAUUGGGCCAGUGUAGUGUGAGGUAAAGAUAAAAAAAAAAAAAAUUUAAUGACAAUAUUAACCUAGUGGUUAAGAAUUUGGGUUGCCAAACUGGUACCAACAUUUUUGAGGACAGAAUCCUACACUUUUACUGCCUAGAUCAUUAUUUAAAUCUUGAAUAUAAUACUUGAUUGGGCUAGGUCUCACAAAGGGGCCCAUAUAUACACUGGAAACGGCAUUGAAUAUUGAGAGAUGCCACAAGAUGGGUAGAUACUUAUUCUGACUUCUUAAAAAAGAAAGACUUUCUGCAGUGUGGAUAAUUUAUAUAUAUAUAUGUGGACUAUAUUCAGCCCAAAUUCUCAAUAACAAUCUUUCCCCCAGACCCCACAAGGUCACAGUCUUGGAUUAACCAGGUGUCUAGAUGCCUUUGUAAAAGGUUGAUAGACCAAGGAUUGUUAAUUAAAAAUAGCUUAUGGCUGGUUGGACUCCAGCCUUGACACACAACCAAACUGAACUCUGGUGUUAUUUCUAAACUGGUGUGAUGUAUUGGCCUAUUUGUUAUCUUUGUACUCUGAUGAAAAGGAAUGCAAAUUUGAAAAUGUAAAAUUUAUGAAGUAGUUAGUGGGGAUUGAAUUUGGAACAGUUCCAUCAUGUGACUGAUACUUGGGAAUUGGCAGAGGGACAUUUUUCAAAACUUUUGUGUUUUUAUGUUUUUUGUUUCAUUGUUUUUGUUUAAUAGGAGAUAUCCUGUUUGAGAACGUGUACUUUUAUGUAAAUAUCAUUUUUAAUAAAGUAUUGUCAGAAAAUAGUUGUCUUUUUAUGUUUUGUGAUAAAAUUCCAUUUAAUUUAAGCUAUUGACUCCUUAAACUUGGAAUGUUAGGGCCAAAUCUCAAAAUAUAUUUAUAGUCUAGCAUUAAUCUUUCCUGGGAAGGAAGAAUUAAUACUGCCAAAGAUCUCUUUUCCAAAAAUUUUAAUUUUGUCAGUAAACUUAAAUGCAUAGUGCUGUAUUUUGUAGCCCAAGAAACUGAUUUGGUGAGAUUCUGAGUAUGGAGAGCUUAUAGCCUGAAGCUUUAUUAUGUAUGGAGGAAGUCUUUUGAAAUGAGCUUCUGAAGUUUCUAUACUGCAUAACAACAGUUCAUAUUUGGAUGAGUUCUAGAGUCCACCAACCGCUGAUGGUAGAAUGCAAAUAAAUAUGGGUAAAAAAUAAAGUGUUGUGACCGUACCUCAAAAGAAUAGUUCACCCAAAAAUGAAAAUUAAUUUACUCACCCUUAUGCCAUCCCAGAUGUGUAUUACGUUCUUUCAUGUCCAAAAAUCAGAAGCUCCAAAAAUAACAUAAAUCAGCAUAAUAGUAAUACAUACGACUUCAGUGGUUAAAUCAAUGUCUCCAGAAGCGAUAUGAUAGAUGUGGGUGAGAAACGGUUCACUUUCUCAUUCUUCUUGUGUUUAUGGUGAUUCACGUGCUUCAUGCAUAUUGCCUCCUACUGGGCAGGGACAAGAAUUUCUAGCAAAACAGGACUUAUGUAUUGAUCUGUUUCUCCCCCACACCUGUCAUAUCACUUCUAAAGACCACUGGAGUCUUAUGGAUUACUUUUACAAUGCCUUUAUGUGCUUUUUGGGGCAUAAACAUUUUGGCACUAAUUCACUUGCAUUGGACCUACAGAGCUGAAAUCAUCAUUUGUAUUCUGCAGAAGAAAGAAAGUCAUACACAUCAGGAAUGCCAUGAAGGAGAGUAAAUGAUGAGAGAAUUGUAAUUUUUAGGUGAACAAAUGGUCAGUCUUAUCAAAGUGCUGUCUAAGUACAAUGUACCACAAGUGAACAGACCUAGCAUUUCAUAUAAACUUUAGCCCUAACCUUCAAUGUUACCUCGGGAAUUUUCCAAACAAUUUUGGAACAUUGCACUGCUUUUUUCAGUGCAUGCUCAUUUACAACGCUCUCAGUCUAAGAGUCAUGAUAUAAGACUCUCCCUCUCACUCUCUUGAAUCUGCUUCAGGUGGGAUAGCUCAGUGCCCUACUUGAGUUCUAAUAAUCUUGGUCCUGUGUAAUACUCAAAAUAAUGGUAUUUUAGUCAUGACAACUCUUGGAAAAUGUAGCAUGUGAAUGUGGAUAAUACAUAUUGAUAAGAUUUUGUUUUUUGCAGAUUCUGCUACACUGCUGCUGCAGAGCAAGUACAAAGACUUGCUACUGCUAGAACAUAUGAAGACAUAGCUGAUGGACCAUGUAGACAGAUCUAGACAAGUGGAGCUGGGGAGGGGGAGGGUUUCAGAAAAAUAAAUCUCGCAGCGUGCUGCAGUUUGCUUGCAAACUCAGCAAAUUUAAACGUUAGUCAAAGAGAGAGUGUGCACAUUAAUUCAGCUUACACCAUGCAAGCUGAUUGCCCUAACAUAUUACAAGCGAGCCGACAGGCAAACACAUGACAAAUUCAAAGAACUUAUCAGCCUGCACAUUGCUGAGUUGUAAUAUUGUAUUAUGCCAUUUCAAACUUUGUCUUUCUUCAACAUUGGACUCCCAGAUGGUAUAUCUGUAUUUGCCCCUGGCUAGCUUACUGUCUUUCCUUUUUCA